ACGUUGGGCCCAGCCGAGCCGAGAGGAGAGGAGAGGAGAGGAGAGGAGAGAGGAGGAGAGGAGCAGAGGGAGCGAGCGAGCGAGGACCAAGACCGAGACGACGGCCAGAGGGAAGGGGAGACAGUCGGAGAUGAAGGCGCCCCGGGCCCGGCCCCCCCACCUCCUCCUCCCCUUCUUCCUCCUCUCCCUCUUGCUCGGGGCCCGGGAGACGGGCAGCGCCUCUCUGGGUGGGCCCGAGGGACCCGGGAGUCCGGGGGGCGAGCUGGCCGGGCUCGACUCGGCCGGCCUGGGGGUGCGGGAACUGGGCAGUGCCCUGGGCCAGUCCGGAUACGCGGCGGGGAGCAGCCCCGCUCUGGGGGACCCCCCCGGCCCGCGCCCCCGCCGGGAGACCAACUGCGUCAACUCUCCCGCGGCUGAGACCAGCGCUGGGGGAUCCGGACCCGUGCCCGCCACUGUCAGCAAACCAAGCCUGGGGCCCGACGCUUUCUAUCGGGAGACCAGCACGGAGACCUCCGGCGGAGACAGAAUCAGAAAUCCAACACUGUCGUCCUUUUCGGCGGCCACGGCCGCCGGUCCCCCCGCCGCCAACGCCAGGCCUGAGUGCGAGAAUAUGAACAACGAAAACCGUGUGGCCGCCACGCAGGGAACCGGGUCUCCUUCACCCUUCUCAGCCCGAGGCCCCAGCGGGGGAUCUGGAACAGGCCUCCACACUCCUGGACUCUUCAACUUUGACACCUUCUGGAAGAACUUCAAGUCCAAGCUCAAAUUCAUCAAUUGGGACUCCAUCAGCAAGCGACAAGGCACCAGGGUCAUGCUCUACUUCAGCCGCCUGUGGGAGGAUUUCAAGCACAACACUCCUUUCUUCAAUUGGAAAAUCAUCUCAGAGGACAACGGUUCUCUAGACCUGCAAAAACGGUCCGACACGGCGGUCUCCGGCCUGCAGUCGGCGGCCCGCACUACCUCCAAAGGGCAACAGCCCCACCCGACCCCUUUCAAGGCUGGGUCAGGUGCAACUUCCACAGCGACCCGGGCGGAGCCGGGCUUGCUGCGGUGGAUGAGGGUCUGGUAGGUGAGAGAGGGAGUGAGGGAGCCUGGAAGCGAACUGCCGGGCUCCCCCCGAAAAUGGGGAGGAGGGGAGGCUUCGACCCGAAGGGGACUGGCACGU